CCUAAAGAUGUUUUAUCGGUUCAUUUCAGCAGGACCACAAAGAAAAACUGUUGACCACUCCCCUCCCCCCAGCUCUUAUGUAGCACCCAGUAUGUGCAGAAGGGCUCUGUUGGAGAAAUAUUGUAGACCUUGAGGAUGUUUGGACACAUCCCCAAAUCAAAGGUGGCCAGCUCGGAGGCAGAAAAAACUCCUCCUUUCCCCUGAUCCCAGGGGAGGAAAUAAAUCGCUUCCCCAUGGGGAAGAAGAGCCUUCUCAAGGCACCGGUGAGGGUGGGUCCGGGUUGAGCGCUGACAGGAAUCUCUCCAGCCCGUCCUUGUUUUUUAAUAACACGCGGGUGUAGUCACCCGUUUUGCCCUUACCUUUUCACCUCUCCCUUGCCUUCUUACCUGCUCAUCCCUCUCAUCGCUCCUUUCUCAACUCUUAAUUUACCUGCCCUGCCCUAUUCUAUCUUGGUUUCACUUGUCCUGACCUCAGCUGUACCUUCUCUUGCCCUGCUUCCAAAAGCUAACCUGUGAGCCUCUCACCUGCUGGCUUACGUGUCCCUUUCUUUCUUGUUGUCCAUCCUUAGUGGUGACUCACUUGUCCUCUCUUCUCUCAGUCUCAACUCUCCUGUGCCUUUUCAUUUGGAUAGCCUCUACUGCUCUGCUUUUAUCUGCUAGCGUACUUGCCUGGCCCUCACCUGCCCCGCCCCCUCAAAGUCCCAUUUCCCUCCCAGACGCCCGAGGGCUCUCCAGGAGGCGGGCCCUCACCGGGGAUGGGAAAGAGGAACUUCAGUCCAACCCGGGAGCACCUAGGAGUUUUGAUGCGCAAAGGGCGGUGCCAUCUGAAGAAGGUGCCAAUAAAGAGCCAAGAUGGGAGAGGAGCAGCCGAACCAAUGAGACGGGGAGACGGAUGGGCGGGUGAUAUGGAAAGCGGAGUGAAUGAAGACAAGGGCGGGUCUAGUAACGGGAAUGGGCCAAUGAGGCUCUGCAAGGAUGGCGGGAGGCUGAGCUGGCUGCGUGCCCAGUCUCCCGAUCCCGACGGAAUUUGGAAAUCCAGAGACCGCUGUCUUCCAUUCAGUGUUCAGGAGCGGACCAGGAAAGCCACUGCUAGAGCCAGCCCCUCACUCGCCCCAGCCCCACCCCGAGAGGCCCGGAAGCGGAAGUGACGGACACGGAAGUGGCCUGCUGUUGCCGAGGGGACGGGCCAGGCAGAUGCCAACAUGGCAGCGGUUGGGUCUGGCGGUUCUACCGCGGCGGCCGGGCCAGGGGCUGUCUCCGCGGGGACGUUGGAGCCUGGGACCGCGAGUGCGGGUAACGUGAAGCACCUAGUUCUCUUCCUCCAUGAGGCUGUCCUGGUACAGUAUGUGGACACACUCAAGCUCGCAGUGCCCUCUCUCAUCUACACCUUGCAGAAUAACCUCCAGUAUGUUGCCAUCUCCAACCUGCCAGCUGCCACUUUCCAGGUGACGUACCAGCUGAAGAUCCUGACCACGGCCCUGUUCUCCGUGUUCAUGCUGAACCGCAGCCUCUCCCGGCUGCAGUGGGCCUCCCUGCUGCUCCUCUUCACUGGCGUCGCCAUUGUCCAGGCACAGCAAGCUGGUGGGGGUGGCCCACGGCCACCGGACCAGAACCCUGGGGCAGGCCUAGCGGCUGUUGUGGCCUCCUGUCUGUCCUCGGGCUUCGCAGGUGUCUACUUUGAGAAGAUCCUCAAAGGCAGUUCAGGCUCCGUGUGGCUGCGCAACCUGCAGCUGGGCCUCUUCGGCACAGCCCUGGGCCUGGUGGGGCUCUGGUGGGCUGAAGGCACUGCCGUGGCCCGCCGCGGCUUCUUUUUUGGGUACACGCCUGCAGUCUGGGGUGUGGUACUCAACCAGGCCUUUGGUGGGCUAUUGGUGGCUGUCGUUGUCAAGUACGCCGACAACAUCCUCAAGGGCUUUGCCACCUCCCUGUCCAUUGUGCUGUCCACCGUUGCCUCCAUUCGCCUCUUUGGCUUCCACGUGGACCUCUUGUUUACCCUCGGCGCUGGGCUGGUCAUCGGUGCCGUCUACCUCUACAGCCUCCCCCGAGGUGCAGCCAAAGCCAUAGCUUCCGCCUCCGCCUCCGCCUCCGGGCCCUGCACUCACCAGCAGCCUCCGGGGCAGCCGCCGCCCCCGCAGCUGUCUUCCCACCGUGGAGACCUCAGCACGGAGCCCUUUCUGCCAAAGUCAGUGCUGGUGAAGUGAGGGCUGGUGGCGGUGGGGGGAGACAGGGAGGGGGACUGGGUGGAGGGUGUUGGGCAUUUGCAGGACCCAAGUCGCCACUGGGGCCUGGCUCCUCUGGGGUUGGAAGAGUUUUUCUCCCAGGUCACAGAGACUUCUGGAGGGGCGUGGGACUAGGCGGGGGGUCAUGUGAACCCUUCCUUGUAGGCUGACCUUCCUCCCCUGGAGGGAGUUUUUAGAGCUGCCUCCUCUGCCCCAGUCUAAGCCAUCUGGGGACCGGGUCAGGGGUGUUGUCAUUCAAGGCCUUUUGGUCUGACCCCCUCAUUUGGGGGGGGGGGUGUCCCCUCAUACCUGGGAGAAUCCCUCCCAGCAAUCCCACAGCCUUUUUAAGGACAAAAUGGACAAAAAUCCUACAGCUCUUUGAUAAUGACUACCUGUGGGGUUCGGUUUUCCAUAGCUUGAGGCCCUCUCUCCUCCCUCACAACCACACUGGAUCAUGCUAGCAGCUCAGUCUUUUUGUGGCCUUGGGGCAGCUUCCCUGACAGGAGACCCUUGAAAAUGGGCCUCUUGUGAGCACCCAAGUGGAGAGGACAGGGUGAGAGCUGAGGGGUGAGAGCUGAGAUUUUCGCAUCAGCCCAUUCUGGGGGAGGGUGCAGACGUGGCCAUUUGGUUUUUAGUGGGUUGGGGAUUUGUGGUGCAAUCAGGUAAUUAAUGAUCCAGGGUGUGGGAAAAGCGUGGAGGGGAGGUCAUUGAAGUGGCGGAAUCUCACUGAAUCUAAGACACUGUCAAUUGCCGGAUGCACGGUUAUCAUCUGAGACGUCCUGAGAGGAAAAGUAAAGCUGCUGACCACACUCUUGGUACCCCACUGGCUGUAUGAAGCACCCUACUUCGUGAGGGGGGGGUGUCUUAAAAUUGCUGAAAUGUGGAACCUGCCCCCUGCACUCCCCAAAGCUUAUUAACCCCUUAACUGUCUCCCAGGGUGUGCGUGUGGAUGUGUGCGCGCGUGUGCAUGGAAGAUGCCUGGGCUGUCUUUGCUAUAUGUAAAUAGGGCCGUUGGAUUUUUAUUUUUGAUUAAUUUGUUCUGAUUUUUGGGUUUGUUUUCUAAAGAAUUGUAACGAACAAAUGUCAGGAUACCCGAUGCCAAAUAAAGAUGUUGUAUUUAUCUA